AUGGCCGAUAAUUCCACCAAAUCAGUGCAGAUAUGCUCGGCAUGCCAUCGACAGAGCUCCAAGCUGCUCCUGUGCGGACAAUGCAACUUGGCGUACUUCUGCAAUGCAGCCUGCCAGCGCCAGAUCUGGAAAGCCCACAAACCCGUGUGUGUCGCGAUAGCUAACCCUGCCGUGGAGAUGCGCAAGACCCAGCGAUGUGGCAAUGGUCUGUUCGCGACCAAAGCUUUCCGCCGUGGGGACCUCAUCAUCAUGGAAAAAGUGCAAUACCUCACGAUGAAGGACCUCGCAGGUCGAGGCCGGCUGACUCAAUUCGGGUACACACUCACAGAGGAGAACGGCUCGGAGGGGUUGGCAUCGCACGGUCCGAUCCUGUCGAUCCUCAACCACGCGUGCAUUCCCAAUGCCUGGGUCAAACGCGAAGCUGGGCCGUACCGCAAGCUGUACGCGAGGCGGGACAUUCAGAGCGGCGAAGAGAUCUGUACAUUCUACGACGGCGCCGACAGUGCCGACGAAGAAUGCGGGAGCACGGAAAGUCGCGCGGCCAAGCGCGCGUCGUUGAAGGACCGCUUCGGUCUCGAUUGUUUGUGUUCGCAUUGUGAAAUGGACGUCGUUCUCGGGGAAGAUGGCGCCAUGGACAUGGAUUGACAAUUCCAUAUAUCCAGUGUACAAUAUACCACUUAGUACCAUGCAUCAUGGAAGGAAUAAUGAAUGUAGGCCAACGCGCCGCCUUGUUGUUUGUGGAAAUAACCUCUUACACGUUGGCGUCCUGUUUUCC